AUGUUUCAUUUCCAGAGGACUUUCCAGCCAGCAGAUGAUGACGACUACCUGUUCACCUCCAGGACCAUGAACAUAGCUCAGUGCGAAGCACUGUCCAGAGACAUCGGUCUCGAGGCGAAUGUCACGUCGUGUACUGAGCGCACAAGUAUCGAGGAGGGGCGUGUCCUCAUAACAUCGGCCGACGAGAUGCAAAGCCUGUGGUGGAGCGAAGAGGACGCUAAUCAGUCAAGGGCCGUGUCAGCCUCACUCCCCGCUGCUAAUUCUAUUCCUUUCCUGCGAUUUGGGUGGUUGGUGAUUUCGGACCGGCUGGCGGGGUGGCCAAAAGACGCGCGACGGAGGCCUGUGGCGCUCGGCGAAUUCGGGCAGCAUGGAUGCCAGGGAAGCGAAAAGCUCGAGAGGACCAUUCACCCGGACCUUCUGUUGGGCGAUGACACUUUCCAGUGA